GUGGGGAAAGUUGCGCGUGAAUCAGAAUGUGAUGAACACGGAGGGAGGAUCAUUUAAUUAUAUCAAACUCCUCAAAUCAUCAGAUCAAACAUAUCAUCACAAGCCCCGGUGCUGCAGAGCGGGUCGAAUGAUGCUCAGCCGAAAGCGCGCCUGAAUUCACCAACCUCAUGAUGAUGGACGCAAAGGCGAAGAACUAUUAACGGAGAAGAUGGACGCGUCUCUCCAGAGGAGUUUGAGUGUAUUGGAUCGUCUUCUCCUCACACACUCCAUAUGGUUGCAGCUGUCAAUCAACCCUGACUCCGCCCACCAAAUCCUGCAACGAGAGAUAGUCGGGACAUUUCUGGUGUGUAAGUGUAACGCGUCCCACAGGAAGGUUUUGUGUGUGCGGCUGGAGGAGGGAGGAGUGUCACAGUAUCCCAUCCGUGAGGAAGACUCCACAUUUUCUCUAGAAAGUUCUGCCCUGAGCUUCCCUGAUCUCUGCAGACUAGUGGCAUUUUACACCGUCAGCAGAGAUGUAUUGCCUUUCCCACUUGAGCUCCCAGAUGCAAUUAUACAGGCCACAACACACACCCAGCUGGAAAACAUUUCGCAUUUGGGUUUAGAGUUCUGGAGCUCUCAGAUGUCUCCUGGCCUUCCAAAUGGCCCCCCUCCGCCUUCAGCGCCCCACAGGACAUUCAGAUUGAUCAGCCCAUGUUUCGUCAACCCCCUGUUCCUUCAGCCUCCCCAGCCCAGCAGAACCGCCUCGCACAAACGCCAUCGCUUUAAACGCAGCCUCAGGGUCCGUGUGUCCAAUGAAACCUCUCUCAGCCUGUCGGGUGGAGAAUCGGACCUAACCCAGGGGGAGACACAUGGACAGAAUUCCAACCAGGGCGGCCCAAGACGAACAGGAGGGUUGAGCGUGCUCAGGAGGACCCCGGCACUUACUCCCACUUCAGUAGAGGAGGAUGAACAGAAGUUGGGAAAGAUACCGCCUAGUAAUUCCUUACCCCGACAAGACCACACUGAGCUCAACAAAGAUACUGAAGAUGGUGAAGUGUGUCUUGCUUUGGAAAGGACUCGAGCUCCUUCCCUUGCUGAACUGGACAGCAAUAGUUCCUUCAGCAGUCUGGAGGAGGAGGAAGCCCAGGCGGACCUCGCCAAUUACCAAUGGCCGCCUGCCGCACGUGGUACCCGUUUCCCCUCAGCGAACCCAACCUCGACUCUGCGCCGCAUGACCGCUGCCUUUGUAUGCGUGUUUGCACCGGAGCGCCGAGUUGCCCGAUUGGUGGACGAACUCUCCCAUGACAAGCGCUCCACAUUUGGGUCACUGGUGCAGGACUUUUUAGAGAAGCUAAGGCAGGAGAUAGAGGCCUCAAAGCAUAAUUCUGCUGUGGAGCUGCUUCAGGGGGUGAGGAGAUUUCUGUCCCAAGCCAAAAGCCUCCUUCUGGAAGCAGGAGAAAUAGAACCUCCAAUUGAGAUGCUGGUGCCUGAGAACGAGAAAGACCUUGCCCUGGAAAAGGCUCUGUUCGGCUGCGUGUUGAAGCCGUUGAAGAUUCAGCUGCAGCAGACGCUCAUUUCCCUCCACACUCAGGACGGCUCCCUACAGAAGAUCACCGACAGCUUGCUGGCCUACCAGGAGGGGGCGCUGGAGCGCCUGGCUGUACGAGUGGGCGUCCUGGACGUCCGUGGCAUGGACAGAGCGAAGGCGAAGCUCAUGCUAAUGCAGCGCAGCCAUUCGCCCAUUGACAAGGUGUUGCUUCUGCUGCAGGUGUGCAAGAGUGUGUACAAAGCCAUGGGGACGCAACCUGAUCAGGACGUGGGGUCUGAGGACUUCCUACCAGCGCUGUCCUAUGUGCUAGUUCAAUGUAACAUCCCACAACUGCUGCUGGAGACGGAGUACAUGAUGGAGCUGCUUGAGCCAUCAUGGCUGACAGGAGAGGGUGGAUACUAUUUGACGAGUGUGUAUGCCAGCCUAUGUCUGAUCCAGAGCAAGCCUGGGGCCACGCCCAGCUGCAGUCUGACCAAUGAGGCUCAAGAGUACUUGCGUGAGUGGAGUAGGAGGCGGGGCCAAGAAGCCAAGAUCCAGAAAGACAGUCAGCUGAAACAGAGGUUUGUGCGAGUGCUAUUCCAGGACGACAGUCGUAGUGCAGUUCGAACACUCCUCUGGAAGGCAGGAGAAAACGUCGAGGCUUUAGCCCAGACCUGCGCCGGUCUGUUCGGCGUGACGGAGCCGCAGCACUACUGUCUGUUCUGGAGGAGUGAAGGGGAAAUGCGUCCUCUACCGGCCCACGUUCAGCCCCAUCAGCUGGGCACGCACGAGGGAGCGUCGCUGUCGUACCUCCGCUCCGAUCACGACUUCAGCAAGAUGCGCAGACUGACCAGAGGAGGCGCCGUAGAUCUGGGCGAGUCGGUGUGCGAGGAGUGAAGAGACACAGGUGCACAAUGUGACUUUUACAUUUAUAUUUGUUGGUGGAAAGAGGAUUAUGGAUGUCACAAAGUAUUUGAAUGCUGUAUACGUGUUCAGUUCUAUGGAUGAUGGUGAUUAUUUUCAUGUGUUCGGGUGUGUUGCGUGCAAUCGGAGAGCACAAUAGCAUUUCAAAUGAAUCGAAGCAAGAUACUUGGUAAUAAUGCAAAAAGCAAUAUCUGCCAAACAGGAGAUCUGGAAAUGCUGUUCAGCAUUCUGAGAUUCAGCGGUCACUUAUUGAUUGGCUUGCAGAGGUGUAUAUUGCAAAGUAAUACCAAAGUGUUGAAUAUAAACAAAAAAAAAUCUAAAUACAAAUGAGUUAUGUUUAAACAAUAUAUCAUAUAUGUACACAUCUGACAUGCUCUGAGUAAUGGCACUGUGCCUGCACUGGACGCAUGUAGCAUGUUGCAUUAAAUCACUCCUAUUUGAAUCACUGGAGCUGUUUACACUGGAUGUGUCUGACGUGAUGCACUUUCAGUUCACGCUUUCUGUUUUUGACACAUUACAAAGCUGCCGCAGCCAU